GUGUGCUCGGUCCAGGGUGACGUCACUUCCGGGAUGUUGUCAGUCAGUCAAAAUUCUCCUCCGUCGAGCGCAGUCGGCGUGUGUUUGUGUCCGCGUUCGCGCUCCGCCGCAUUGGGUUCGAGUUUCAGACUGUGCCGGGCUCUUCGCGUUGGCUCGCUCGCACUGUAAUGCGGAGAGAAGCGGUUGUGUUGAUGCCGUGUCGGAGGUAGCUCCCCGCGCUAGCUCGAGUCAGGAUGAUCCGCUGGAUCCGACAGCAGCUGGGCUUCGACCCUCCCCAUCAGAGUGACACACGCACAGUUUACAUAGCAAACAAGUUCCCACAGCACGGCCAUUAUAUUCCUCAGAGGUUUGCCGACAACAGGAUCAUUUCCUCCAAGUACACCAUAUGGAACUUCAUCCCCAAGAAUUUGUUUGAGCAGUUCAGAAGAAUCGCCAAUUUUUAUUUUCUCAUUAUCUUCUUGGUUCAGUUAAUGAUAGACACCCCCACUUCCCCUAUAACUAGUGGACUUCCCCUGUUUUUCGUCAUCACAGUAACUGCCAUCAAACAGGGAUAUGAAGACUGGCUGCGGCACAAAGCUGACAAUGAAGUGAACGGAGCACCUGUGUUUGUGGUGCGCAGCGGCAGUCUGGUCCAAACCCGAUCCAAGAACAUCAGAGUGGGUGAUAUAGUGAGAGUAGCCAAAGAUGAGACGUUUCCUGCAGAUCUGGUGCUGUUAUCAUCCGAUCGGGCCGAGGGAACGUGCCACAUCACCACUGCCAGCCUGGACGGAGAGACUAACCUGAAGACGCACUACGCGGUGCCAGAAACGGCCGUAUCACAGUCGGUGUCGCGGCUGGAGUCUCUGCAGGCCGUGGUGGAGUGCCAGCAGCCCGAGGCAGACUUAUACAGGUUUGUGGGAAGAAUAACAGUAACCCAACAAGGAGAGGAGAUAGUCAGACCCUUAGGACCAGAGAACCUCCUGCUUCGAGGAGCAAGAUUAAAAAACACCAAAGAAAUAUUUGGUGUGGCGGUAUAUACGGGCAUGGAGUCCAAGAUGGCUCUGAACUACAAGUGCAAAUCCCAGAAACGCUCUGCAGUAGAGAAAUCCAUGAAUACGUUUCUCAUCAUCUACUUGGGCAUUCUGCUGUUCGAAGCCAUCCUCAGCACCAUUUUGAAGUACGCCUGGCAGGCAGAGAACAAGUGGGACGAGCCGUUUUACAAUCAGAAGACCGAUCAGGAGAGAAACAGCAGUCAGAUUUUGAAGUUCAUUUCUGACUUCCUGGCUUUCCUGGUGUUGUACAACUUCAUAAUCCCAAUCUCGCUGUACGUGACCGUUGAGCUGCAGAAGUUUCUGGGCUCUUUUUUCAUCGGCUGGGACUUGGACCUGUACCAUGAAGAGAGCGACCAGAAGGCUCAAGUCAACACAUCAGACCUCAACGAGGAGUUGGGACAGGUGGAGUACGUCUUCACAGACAAAACGGGAACCCUCACUGAGAACGAGAUGCAGUUUAGGGAGUGUUCUAUCAAUGGAAUCAAAUACCAGGAGAUCAACGGGAAGCUCGUCCCUGAAGGAAUGACAGAAGACUCUCCAGAUGGAUCGGUGCCUUGUGUGAGCAGGGAGGAGGAGUUGUUCCUGAAAGCCGUCUCACUGUGUCACACGGUGCAGAUCAGUUAUGAUCAAACAGAUGGGCCAGGAGACCCCUUCUCUCGUGCCAACGGCUUCUCUCCUCAGAUGGAGUAUUACGCCUCGUCUCCUGAUGAGAAAGCUCUAGUGGAAGCUACCAAGAGGAUGGGUGUCACAUUUAUAGGAAGCCAUGGAGAAACCAUGGAGAUUAAAACAUUUGGAAAAGCAGAGAAAUACAAACUCCUCCACGUUCUGGAGUUUGACGCUAACCGCAGAAGAAUGAGUGUGAUUCUCCAGAAGCCCUCAGGUGAAAAGGUGCUAUUCACAAAAGGAGCCGAAUCAGCCAUUCUGCCCUAUGCCACGAGUGGUGAAAUCGAUAAAACCAGAGUCCACGUGGAUGAGUUUGCUCUGAAGGGUUUGCGGACAUUAGUGGUGGCCUGCAGACACUUCAGUGCAGAUGAGUAUCAGGAAGUGGACCGACGGCUCCAUGAAGCCAGAACGGCUCUGCAGCAGAGAGAGGAACGACUGGUCGAGGUCUUCAACUUCAUCGAGAGAGACCUGGAACUGCUGGGAGCAACUGGGGUGGAGGACAAGCUGCAGGACAAAGUCCAGGAGACGAUUGAAGCGCUGCGACUGGCUGGGAUCAAGGUGUGGGUGUUGACCGGCGACAAGCAUGAGACGGCAGUCAGCGUGAGCCUCUCCUGCGGUCACUUCCACCGCACCAUGAACGUCCUGGAGCUCGUGCAGCAGAAAUCUGACCACGAGUGCGCCGAGCAGCUCCGCAGACUAGCCCGAAGGAUCAAGGAGGAUCAUGUGAUCCAGCACGGGCUGGUGGUGGACGGGGCCAGUCUGUCUCUGGCUCUGCGGGAGCAUGAGAAACUCUUCAUGGAGGUGUGUAAGAACUGCUCGGCGGUUCUCUGCUGCAGAAUGGCACCUCUCCAAAAGGCCAAGGUGGUGAGACUGCUGAAGACUUCUCCUGAGAAGCCUAUUACAUUAGCCAUCGGAGACGGAGCCAACGACGUCAGUAUGAUCCAGGAGGCUCACGUUGGGAUUGGAAUCAUGGGCAAAGAAGGAAGACAAGCCGUGAGGAACAGCGACUAUGCAAUCGCGAGGUUCAAGUUCCUCGCCAAACUGCUGCUUGUGCACGGCCAUUUCUACUACAUUAGAAUAGCAACCCUAGUGCAAUACUUUUUCUACAAGAAUGUGUGCUUUAUCACUCCCCAGUUUUUAUACCAGUUCUUCUGUUUGUUCUCACAGCAAACUCUUUAUGACAGCGUGUAUCUGACGCUGUAUAAUAUCUGCUUCACCUCUCUGCCCAUACUGGUAUACAGUCUGUUUGAGCAGCUGGUGCAUCCCCAUGUUCUGCAGAGCAAACCAGCACUUUACAGAGACAUCAGUAAAAACUCCCUGUUGUCCUUCAAAACCUUUUUGUACUGGACCUUCCUGGGCUUCUGCCACGCCUUCGUCUUCUUCUUCGGCUCCUACGUCCUGAUGGGAGAAGACACCACGCUGAUGGGAAAUGGACAGAUUUUGCGAGCUAACAGGCAACUGAUGUUUGGAAACUGGACAUUUGGCACUUUAGUAUUCACUGUGAUGGUUAUUACGGUUACAUUGAAGCUGGCCUUAGAAACACAUUUCUGGACGUGGAUGAAUCACUUUGUCACAUGGGGCUCCAUCGCCUUCUACUUCAUCUUCUCCUUGUUUUAUGGCAGCAUCAUCUGGCCAUUUCUUCACACGCAGGACAUGUACUUCGUCUUCGUUCAGCUGCUGUCCAGCGGCUCGGCCUGGUUUGCCAUCAUCAUCAUCGUCGUGGCCUGCCUGUUUCCAGAUGUCAUCAAGAAAGUCUUCUACAGGCACCUGCAGCCGACCAGCACGCAGAAAUCUCAGAUGUACACCAACUGCGUGGCUAUAGGUGAUGACUUCAUCGCACUUCAGCCUCUGUCCAGAGCCAAGAAUCAGCUGGGCAAGAUUAGUUUAUUGAGGCCUACCAGGGCAUCGGAUGCGUGGACUCCAUGUGCUGUUUCUCAGAGGGGCAAAACGCCUGCUCACGGCUGGGCCGGCUGGUGGAGCGAAUGAUGGGCCGCUGCGACCCCGCUCAGGCCACCAGAUCUUGGAGCGACUCGGACACCUUCUUCUCCAAUGACCAGAGCAUCCUGACACUCUCACCCAUGGAGGUCUCUCAUUGUUAAUGCACCAGCCCAAAAAGGAUCGGCUCAUAGAGUCUGGAGAUGCCUGACCCCAUCCCAUGCCCUUGUCCAGUCACCAGCCAGACUAUUACACUUUAAAUCUCUGAGUAUCACAUCAUAUGUGAUCAGCAACCAGGGACAGGCCGUUGCUCCUACAAAAACCAAAGGAUUUGUGUGUCUUGAGUUUCCGCUGCUAGUAAAACCACGGAACUGUCCGCAAAGGGCCGCCGUCUUUCCUGAGGAAAACGAGGGGGUCUGUUUGAAGCCAUAAUUCCCUCUUUUAAUUGCCUGAUUUUCAAGGUAUUAAAUGUGAGCGCUGUGUAGCGCUAGCUCACAAACCUGUAGCUUCCUACCCUAAGAUGCCUACCUGUACACCCAGCCUGAGUUGUGGUUCGUACAGACUAUCAUGAUGCAGGAAUGUCACAAUGGAGUCCUUGAUGGAAAACUAUCAUAUCAUCCUCCAUCAGUCAUGUGCCCGCAUAUAAUUUCUCGUUUCCUUUGUCUCGCACAUGCUAUGUUAUCAUCUCUAACCAUUGUCACUUGUUAAUUUAUCAUUGUUCUCAUGUUCCUCGUUUUUUUGCUUGUGUUGCUAACCACUCAUCAAAGCGGUAUGAUUAUUUUUAUUCAUUUGUGUGUGUAUGCGUGUGUGUAUUUAAUAACGUAGUAGGGCAUAGCCGAAGGAAAAGGUAUGAAGUUCAUCCUACAUGGGCCGUGGGUUAUUGUAAGGCCAGAGCAUUGAGACAACCGUUUUAAACUUGCUUAGAUCAAUUAUAUCGAAGUUUAUGAUAUCAGACUGCAUGCUGCACUUUGGUCAAUCUGUCUCAAUAACCCUGUAACAGAGGCCUAAGUCAACUGGACCUGUAUGCUCCCGAUUUGAGGAGUCUUGAAUAUGUCUUUAUUUUUUGCUGCAAAGGCCAUGAAGCCCCGGAUCUCACAGGUAUCGGCUGAAACUUGGUGCCGUGACCCGGGUGGCAGUUGGGAGUCCGAUUUUGCUUAUUUUAGUGGUUCUUCUCUCUAGUCUUUAUUUGUAUAUCACUUUCUUCAUGUCAAUGUUCAAACCCGAAAUGACUCCUGACCGCUGAUCAUUACUAUUUCAGAUCUUGUGUUGAAAUCCAUUGGCAGAAGUGUUUUGCUAUAUAAUGUAUUUUCUUGGAUUAUAUAGCAACGCAGUAUGCCACUUGUUACUCAGAGACAUUAGCAAUAAGACUCAGUCUAGACUGGAAAUUCCUGAUCUAGCUUUGAUGUCAGUCAUCCAUGUUUGCGGUUUCAUCUUUUUUGUGUAAACAUAUAUUCUUCUAACUGUACUCUCCUUAAAGUGAACAUGUUUAAUUGCCGAUGUUUAUGAAAGUUCUAUUUACAGAAUAAAUACCUUUAUAAA